AUGCCUGCCAACGUCCCCGAACAGUAUAAGAAAGGCUGGAAGCCCCCCUUCCAAGAGCAGUCUGUUACACCUGGGAAGCAGUACAAGCUCGACCCCGCACCUCUGGACGACAUAACCGCCGAUGGCAAGCCAUACAAGGCCGCUGGCAAGCUCGAGGGCCGCAAAGCCCUCAUCACUGGUGCAGACAGUGGUAUCGGGCGAAGCGUUGCCCUCCUCUUCGCGCUCGAGGGAGCAGACCUCACCUUGACGUUCCUGCCCGGCGAGAAGCAGGACGCCCAGGACAUGCUGGAUGUCAUCAAGAAGAAGACAAAUAACGCUCGCAAGAUUAACGUCGUCGAGCUGGAUCUGAGGAAAGAAGAGAACUGCAAGGAACUCGUCAAGAACCACCUCGACUUCCAUGGGAGCCUAGACGCCAUCAUCCUGAAUCACGGGACACAACAAGCCAACACCGACCUCACCUCGUUAUCUACGGAGCAAUGGCAUGACACGUUCGACACGAACAUUCAUUCGUUCUUCUACAUCUGCAAGGCUGCUAUCCCUCACCUCAAGGAGGGUUCGACGAUCACAUUCAAUGCGUCGAUCAACAUGGCUAUCGGCCACCCAGAGCUCAUCGACUACACCGCGACCAAGGGUGCGAUGAUUGGCUUCAUGCGCGCUCUGAGCAACCAGAUCGUCGGCGAGAAAGGCGUCCGCUGCAAUGCGGUCGCGCCCGGUCCCAUCUGGACGCCCCUCAUUCCCGCUACGAUGACGAAGGACGCUAUCGACUCGUUCGGCACGACUGUACCGAUUGGAAGGGCAGGCCAACCAGUCGAGGUGGCCACCGCGUUCGUGUGGUUGACGUCUCCCGACUCCAGCUACGUGAGCGGUCAAAUUAUCCAUGUCAAUGGGGGCGUCGUCAUCGAGUAA